AUGAGGCCGCGCUCGGGCGGGCGCCCAGGGGCCCCGGGCCGCCGCCGCCGCCGCCUCCGCCGCCGCCCCCGCAGCCCCCGCGGCCGCCGCUUGCCGCCGCCGCCGCCGCUGCCGCUGCUGCUCGGGCUGCUGCUGGCGGCCGCGGGGCCCGGCGCGGCGCGGGCCAAGGAGACGGCGUUUGUGGAGGUGGUGCUGUUCGAGUCGAGCCCGAGCGGCGACUACACCACCUACACCACCGGCCUCACGGGCCGCUUCUCGCGGGCCGGGGCCACGCUCAGCGCGGAGGGCGAGAUCGUGCAGAUGCACCCACUGGGCCUGUGUAAUAACAACGAUGAAGAGGACUUGUAUGAAUACGGCUGGGUAGGCGUGGUGAAGCUGGAACAGCCAGAAUUGGACCCGAAACCAUGCCUCACUGUCCUGGGCAAGGCCAAGCGGGCAGUGCAGCGAGGAGCCACUGCGGUCAUCUUUGAUGUGUCAGAAAACCCAGAAGCUAUCGAUCAGCUAAACCAGGGCUCAGAAGACCCGCUCAAGAGGCCAGUGGUGUACGUGAAGGGUGCAGAUGCCAUCAAGUUGAUGAACAUUGUCAACAAGCAGAAAGUAGCUCGAGCAAGGAUUCAGCACCGCCCCCCUCGACAACCCACAGAGUACUUUGACAUGGGGAUUUUCCUGGCGUUCUUCGUCGUGGUCUCCUUGGUCUGCCUCAUCCUUCUCGUCAAAAUCAAGCUGAAACAGCGGCGCAGUCAGAAUUCCAUGAACAGGCUGGCUGUGCAGGCUCUGGAGAAGAUGGAAACCAGGAAGUUCAACUCCAAGAGCAAGGGGCGCCGGGAGGGGAGCUGUGGGGCACUGGACACACUCAGCAGCAGCUCAACGUCCGACUGCGCCAUCUGCCUGGAGAAGUAUAUCGACGGGGAGGAGCUGCGGGUUAUCCCCUGUACUCACCGCUUUCACAGGAAGUGCGUGGACCCGUGGCUGCUGCAGCACCACACCUGCCCCCACUGUCGGCACAACAUCAUAGAGCAAAAGGGCAACCCGACCGCCGUGUGCGUGGAGACCAGCAGCCUCGCACGUGGCCGGCAGCAGAGGGUGAUCCUGCCGGUGCACUACCCCGGCCGCGUGCACAGGACCAAUGGCAUCCCGGCCUACCCCACCCGCACGAGCAUGGACUCCCACGGGAACCCCGUCACGCUGCUGACCAUGGACCGGCACGGGGAGCAGAGCCUCUACUCCCCACAAACCCCCACCUACAUCCGUGGCUACCCACCCCUCCACCUGGACCCCAGCCUGGCCCCUCACCGCUGUGGCCUGGAGCACCGGGCCUACUCCCCAGCCCACCCCUUCCGCAGGCCCAAGUUCAGCGGCCGCGGCUUCUCCAAGGCAGCUUGCUUCUCUCAGUAUGAGACCAUGUACCAGCACUACUACUUCCGGGGCCUCAGCUACCCGGAGCAGGAGGGCCAGGCGCCGGCCGGCCUCGCACCCCGGGGCCCGGCCCGUGCCUUUGCGGCUAGCAGCGGCAGCAGCCUGCUCUUCCCUACCAUGGUGCACAUGGCCCCGCCGUCGCACCUGGAGAGCGGCAGCACGUCCAGCUUCAGCUGCUACCACGGCCACCGCUCGGUGUGCAGCGGCUACCUGGCUGACGGCCCGGGCAGCGACAGCAGCAGCAGCAGCAGCAGCAGCAGCACCUCCGGCCAGUGUCACUGCUCCUCCAGCGACUCGGUGGUGGACUGCACCGAGGUCAGCAACCAGGGUGUGUACGGGAGCUGCUCCACCUUCCGCAGCUCCCUCAGCAGUGACUACGACCCCUUCAUCUACCGCAGCCGGAGCCCCUGCCGUGCCAGCGAGGUGGGGGCUGUGGGCGGCUCGGCCCGGGGGCCAGUGCUGGGCCUCGAGGGCUCCCCGCCACCUGAGGACCUCUCGGCGGCCCACAGUCAAGGUGCUGGGCGAGCAGAGCCUUGGCCCGGCCCCUCCUCACCCUCGGGGGACCAGCUGUCCACCUGCAGCCUGGAGAUGAACUACAGCAGCAACUCCUCCCUGGAGCCCAGGGGGCCCACUAGCUCUACCUCAGAAGUGGGGCUCGAGGCUUCUCCUGGGGCGGCCCCAGACCUCAGGAGGACCUGGAAGGGGGCCCGCGAGGGGCUGUCGUGUGCCUGCUGCUGUGAGCCCCAGCCCUCCGCCCUGGAGCCCAGCGGCGGAGUGGCCGGGGGCAGUACACUGUUCCUGGGCCCCCCGCUCUGUGAGGCCUGUGGCCCCACGGGCAGAGAGGUGCAGCCGGGAAGCUCCCAGGGCCUGUACAACCUUCACCCGGACCAUUUGCCCAGGACAGAUGGGGUGAAAUACGAGGGCCUUCCCUGCUGCUUCUAUGAAGAGAAGCAGGUGGCCUGUGGCAGCGGCGGGGGCCGCACCUGCUGUGUGGAGGACUGCUCGGUCAGUGUGCAGUACACGCUCGCCCAGGAGCCCCCACCCAGCUGCCCCCCAGGAGCCUGGGACCUGAGCCAGCGCAUCCCCAUCAUUCCGGAGGAUGUGGACUCUAACUUAGGCCUGCCCUCAGACUGCCAAGGAACCCAUGGCUUCGGCCCCUGGGGUGGGACACUGGGCCCGGAUGCCCUGCGACCCCACUGCAGCCUAGGAGCCACCCAGGAAGACGAGCCGAUUCUGUGCCACCAGGCCAGGGCUCCGCUCUCGCCCGGCUGUCCUCCGGAGUGUGCAGAGGCCCCCAGGGCCACCUUCCCUGGUGCCCCCCAGGACACUCAGGAGUCCAGCACCACCGCCCCUGAGGCUGCAGGACAGAGAUCUUGCCCAGCAGACAGUGGCACAGGAGCCUGAGCUCAGAAGGAACUCUUACACGGAAAUGGGGACUAUAUGGAGACUCCAAGCUCUGACUUCCUUCAGGAAAAAAAAAAAAAAAAGAUUUUUUUUUUUUAGCUUUGACAAACACACAAAAGUGGUAAUAAAGAGAGCCCUCCUUCUCAACCCAAAAUGUGAGCCACCUGUGGCAAACUGCCUCCCACCCCCCAUUAACAAACCAACAGACAAAAUUCUCUGAGUCUUUUGCCUCUUUUGAUAACAUGGUAUAUUCUGUUUUGUAAAGUGUGUGUGCUUGGGGUCCCAAGGUGUGUGGGAUUGAGUUCUCUGCUUUGUUUUUUAAGAUAUUAUAUGUAAAUGUAAAAAGUUAUUUAAAUAUAUAUUUUAAAGAACCCUAAUCGCCAACUUUUGCUGAAAAAAAAAAAAAAAAGAAAUCACUGCUGCAUUAAUUGAACCAUAUCAUGUGUAGAUACUGUUGUCUCCCUGGAGGGAGCUCAGGCCUUUGAAAAGCUCAGGGCUACACCUGCCUUAGAAAAUGAACCAGAAACUUGAAGUAAAGUUAGUUGAUAUGGGUACAAACUCUGAGGAACAAUGCAAUGCUGCCUCUUUCUUUCUUGUGGCAAAUCCCAACGUACAAAGUUUCGGGUCUUCUCCGAAGCCAUGCUCUCUCCAGCCCACACCUGUAGGCAGCUGACGGGAACAGCUAGGGAUAGGGCGGAAGGUCUGCAGCUCUCAGGAGCUGGUACAAGCCAUCACUAGGCCAGCCCCAGGGUGACAGGGACAGUUCAGCCCAGUGUUCUUCGGUCUGUCCCUUUGGGUCAUUGUCUUAGGUCAGAGGACAAGAGUUCACAAUCCUGAACUCGGGCUUCCUACCCCUGGCUGCAGAAAUGGUUUGAAGGGGUGUGUGGGGACAGACACCCGGAAGGAAUGUAGUUUUGCGAUCUUAGUGUCUAGGGGGUGGAAAGUGCUCUCAGUAACCCAGAAGAGGGACAGAGGGCGCUAGAGCAUGCUUGCACCCAGGCGUCUGUGUGGGCGCAGCCAGUGUCCUUGGGCUGCCUUCCUGGGGACCCCGCAGAGUCAGCACCAAGCUCUGUUUGAAUGAUACGUUUCCCAUCCCAUUUCCCUCUGGAAGCACUGCUUUGGGGUUAUUCAGCCCUCUGCCUCAUGGCCGAAAUGGCUCAUCUCGCCUGCAAAUGUCUACUAUCUUUUCUACCUAAUGCACUAUUAUGUAUUGAUUCUCCAGGAGACAGAGAAAGAGACUAUCAGAUAGUUUAGCCCCAAAGGGUAGGUUUUUGUAUAUUUUCCAAACGUUUGCUGUUCUUGUUUUCAAGAGAGAGGGAGAGUUUUAAAACCCAAACCAUUAAAAAAAAAAAAAAAAAAGUGUUUCCAUUGUAAAAGGGAGAAUCUAUUUAAAGCUAUUUCAGAUCAGGGACUGUCAUCUUUUUUGUCCAAUGUACUUCUUGUUCUUCCAAGACUUUUUUAGAAGAAACCAAUCACAUUAGCCCCUGUGUUCACUAACUCCUCUGGCCACUUUCAUUCAUUUUUAUUCAGUUAUCGUCAUCUGAUAUGCUCAUCUGCAGAACAGGAACCUCGUGGCCUCGCGCCCCCCCCCCCCAACCCCAUCCACUAAGUAUAGUGGGGAAGUAAGAGAGCGCCCAGGGUUGCCUAUCGACGACAGUGAUGACCCCUUCUCCAGUCAGGCCAGGGUCCAGACAAGAAUACUUUUGACUGAGAAUCUCACUGUAUCCCAAUCUUUUUUGCCCUUUUUUUGUUUUCUUUUUUAAUCCAGCCCGUGAUGAGGAAAUUUACCUCCUUCUAGCCAGGCUUUGACAGAAAGAAAUUCCAGCCUCAAACGAUUGAACCAGUUGCCAUUUAGGAGCUCAGUACGGUGAGCUUUGUCCUCUGGCCUCUGAGGUACAGUCCCCUGGGGGCUGCUUCCCGCCCCCCACCCCCGGGUCUAUGCCCAGCACACCUGUUGGCGAGGGUGUGAGAAGGGCCUAAACUGUUGACAUGUGAUCCGGCCCGCCUUGAUUUCUCGGGCCAGGAGUAGCAGCUGCUGAGGACAGACAACGGCUCUGCUUGCAUUCCGUGGUUUUAGGGAAGGGGGUUGGGGGGAUGGCUUCUAACAGGAACUGCAAAAAAAAAAAAAGCAGCUUCUCAUUGUUGAGAUUUUUGUUGUUGUUCGAGGUUUUGUUUUGUUUGUUUUGUUUUUAAUGCCUUUGAGUGCAUAUGCUCUCCUUUGUCUGAAACCAUACCCCCAAAGUGGCUUUCUUGAGCCUGGUCUGGGAAACUACUCCUCAACAGCCUUAAGCAAUAAAUAGAGGAGUAGGUAAUGUGGCUUCCACGGGGCUUAUUAAAAUAAAUGUGUCCAAUUUUCGUUGGAAAGAGCAAUAGUAACGGAUGGCAAAAAGGAACACAUUUUUCUGUAGUUUGCAGGGCAGUAGAAGCAGAAAAAUGAAAAUGUUAAAACUUGAAAUAUCAGCCAUUGUUUCGAGUUUGUAUUGGCCCACCAGACAGAGAGGUCACCGGAGUAUAGUGACCAGCUAUAUUCCUGCCUCACUGUUCAAAUUGAAAGAAAUGUCUUCUUUGAAGUUGCAAGACUCCAGUAAUGGCCUCUCAGGGGUGUGUUGGGGUCAUAUAGUCUUGGAAACUGGGAGCAUCACAUUUUCCAUGAAGAAUUGUCGCCCUCCACCCCCACCCCACACCCCAAGCCAGAGUGUGACUGUUAGGCCUGGUCCCAUGGCCCAGCCCUGGGUAUAGGACAGCCAUGUAAACUAAAGAGUACUGGAACCAGUUAAAAAAACAGGGGUUUGGGAGUUCUGAUCAACAAGGUACCUCUUUACGCCGGCUCUCUCUCAAUCUCCCGCCUCUCUUGAACCCAAGCCAUUUUUAUAAAGCCCGAUCUGCUGUCCCACCACUCAGACCCUCCCUUAUGUGCUGCUAGUUUCUACUCAAAGCUCAUGCAGGACUAAUGCUUUUAAUAAAAAAUGAGGUCUAAAAAAUAAUUACUAAUCAGAGUAUUAUUUUUUAAACAGACCUGCCUUUUUCUAUUCUUUAUAUAAACUCUAUUGUGUUGGUCUAACAAGACACUAUUUUGAAAUGUUUUUUUUUUAAUUGCUCCCAUAGCACUUAAAAAAUAUUUUGUAAAGACUUUGCUGUAAAGAUUUUGUAAUAAAAUGGUCUAAGGGCUCCUUCUCCAAUAUUACCAUUUUUUUUUAAUGUUUUAAAGGCUAGAAAACAACUUAUGUAUAUUCUGUAUAUGUAUAGCAGCACAUUUCAUUUAUGGAAAUAUGUUCUCAGAAUAUUUAUUUACUAAUAUAUUUAUCUUAAGCCAUGUCUUAUGUUGAGAGUGUGACAUUGUUGGAAUAAUCAUUGAAAAUGACUAACAUGAGGCCCUGUAAAUACAUGAUAAUUGCACACAGAUUUUGCAUAUUUGCCGACCAAAAAUGAUUUCAAACAAGUUGUAGUCUUCUAUGGUUUUGUAACAAAUUGUACAAAUGACUGUAAAAAAAAAUACAAUUUUAUCAAGUAUGUGUUA